AUGGAAACCAGCAGGGAGACUUUGCAAGCGUUGAGUCUUGUGAACCAUACCUGGUAUCAGGCUGCCGUGCCUUUUCUGUACGAAAAACUGCAGCUAUGUCUUACGACGACCCCGCAACUCCAAGAAGACGUGGAACAGCUGAUGAAGCAUCCCCUGCGCAAGCAAUACCUGCGAUACCUGCGUCGUCUGGACCUUGUCGGGCGAAGCGGGAAGCGAAGUCUCCAUCUAGCUGCUUUGCAGGAAGAUGCGGAGGGACCCAUCAUGCUGGAUAACUUCCUCGAUCGCGAGCUCUGGCAGAGGCAUACUUUCCGACUUUGUCGUGGAGAAACGACUACCCCCGAUUAUGCCUCGCUCGCCAGGUUCAUCGCGGCCGUGUCGAACCUGAGAGAGCUGAACUGGGUUCGUGCUCUGCGCUUCCCGCAAGAGGUCCUGGAUGCUCUACACAAAUAUCACCCUUCUUGCAAGCUGAACCUGCUUUACUUCUAUCUCCAAGCUUGGAAAUACCAAGGUCUUAGCGAUAAUGAUAUGACUGUGGUCACCUCGCCUUGCCUCCACACGAUCCGCUGCUAUUACUACAGCAAUGCCGGGAAUAACGAGGUAAUCGAGUCAGCCACUCUGCGCUCGCUAUCCGUGGCCUCAAAUUUGAAAAAAGUCGAUCUCGUACUGGUACCGGAGGUUGACUUUGUCGACCAGCGUAUCUACCGCUUCGAGCCGACUGAUGGAGCAUCCGAUGCCAUUGCCCGUCUCGAUACCUUGUCAUUUUCCCUAAACACCACGAUGUCAGUCCAGCGCUUCAAUCAAUGGCGUCAGAAGACCGAUAUUAGACGUCUCCGUACAUGGAGCAUCGGCCGUAUCAAUAACACCACCCUCGCUCGAACGAUUGGCGCGGUUGCACCGUCCUUUCAGCGUCUGGAACGGCUCGAACUCAACCUACGGGAGACACCUAGGAGAAGCGUCGGGUACUGGCGCUCAGUGGAAGAGAUGAUGCUGUCAUUGCCACCGCUCAAGGGUCUCUAG